CAAACAGCUAGAGCCUAGGACCAAGCCGCAUGAAGAAAAAGAAACGAAUAAGCCUUGAUGGAGAAGGAACACCAACUUCAAGUGCAUACCCACUAUCCGCACGCAGGUCCACUGCAUGCUUCCUUCGGCAAAUAAACCAAACUACCAUUCCAAAUCUGUAGUUUUUGAUCCGGACAGUUCUAAAACAAAAAAAAAAAGAAACACAAAAAGUUGAACACAGAGUCGAGGAAAGAUAUGUCUACACCUUCUUCCAAAGCGUUACGUUUCGCAUCUGAUUGUCUGCUUCAGCUUCUGCUUUUCUCUGUCCUCCACUCUGCAACCAGAUAGCAGCACGAGACAAGAAGUUGAAGAAGGGUUUGAAAGUUAGAAGAAGGAAAGGGACCUAAAUUUGAAAACCCAGAAUUUCGGAGGGGUUCAAUUUUUGAACUUUUUGUGGGUUUGAUAGGAGAGGAGAUAUGGAUCUUUACUCAAUGUUUUGUUGCGGAAGGGUUUCGGAUCGGAGGGAACGAGGGAAGAAGCAGCAAACAUGGAGGGUGUUUUCAUUGAAGGAGUUGCAUGCAGCUACAAACAAUUUUAAUUAUGAUAAUAAGCUUGGAGAAGGAGGAUUUGGCAGCGUUUACUGGGGUCAGCUUUGGGAUGGAUCACAAGUGACAAAUAUGCAGAUUGCGGUCAAAAGGUUGAAGAAUUGGAGCAACAAAGCAGAUUUGGAAUUCGCUGUUGAGGUUGAGAUACUGGCACGAGUACGGCACAAGAAUCUGCUAAGUUUACGUGGCUAUUGUGCUGAGGGGCAAGAGCGUCUGAUCGUAUACGACUACAUGCCAAAUUUAAGCUUGCUAUCUCAUCUUCAUGGGCAGCACUCAGCAGAAUGCCUUCUUGAUUGGAACCGUCGGAUGAGUAUUGCAGUUGGGGCUUCUGAUGGAAUUGCCUAUCUUCACCACCAAUCCACCCCUCAUAUAAUCCAUAGAGACAUCAAAGCUAGCAAUGUGUUGCUAGAUUCCAAUUUUCAGGCUCGGGUUGCUGAUUUUGGAUUCGCAAAGUUAAUCCCUGAUGGUGCAACACAUGUGACUACUAGAGUUAAGGGCACCCUUGGCUACCUUGCACCUGAAUACGCUAUGUUAGGUAAAGCAAAUGAGAGUUGUGAUGUCUACAGCUUUGGGAUACUUCUCCUAGAGCUUGCCAGCGGCAGGAAACCCCUUGAAAAACUGAGUGCAACAGUGAAACGCUCCAUUACUGAUUGGGCGCUGCCAUUGGUAUGUGAGAGAAAGUUUGGUGAACUAGCAGAUCCGAAACUUAAUGGUAAGUAUGUAGAGGAAGAGUUGAAAAGACUUAUCUUGGUUGCACUCGUAUGUGCUAACAGUCGUCCUGAGAAGAGACCCACGAUGCUUGAGGUGGUGGAUCUUCUGAAGGGAAUUUCAAAGGAGAAAUUAGCUGAACUGGAAAAUCUUGAACUAUUCAAGUCCCCUCAAGCUGCAGAUUACAAUGAUGGGGCAUCAGUCGCGGAAGACAGCUCAGACUUCAUUUCGGAGGAGAGAGAUUUUAAGCCUGAGAAUGAAGAUCGGGGUUAGAAAUGAGCAAGCAAGAUCACUGAAACUACUAGGUGCAGUAUCAAUUUGAUGUGGAAGUAUAUGUACAAUAUUUGGAUUUCUCGUGUCAAGGUGUAUCAAGAAAGCAUGUUUUUUUGCGAGUGCAGUGGGCUUUGUUUGCGGUUGGUUGCUCAUCAUCUUUUCUUUCUUUGUACUGGAACGAAUGACAUGGAAACUGUGUUGGAUUUUCUGUUGGAUUUUU